AUGUCUUCUUGUUUCCUUGUUUCCUUGUCUCUUGAUGUGCUCAUUCGUCAGCUCUAUCACGACGUCUUGCGUCCGCAGUUCCACGCUGAUCAUCUCCAAGUUCAGCACGACAUUAUCGUCGCUCUUGGGGAGGCUGCACAACAAGCAGAUCGCCACGUCCUCAUCCUCCUUCUUGGCACCGAUACUGCUGAGCUUGGCGCUGAUGUGGAGAACUUCAUUGCUGUGGUGCUUGGUAUGAGUCGAUAA